AUGGCGGUGGCGGCACAACGCAUCCCCAUGUUGGGAGCGUUGAGGAGUCGGCAGUUGUCGGUGACAAGACAGGAGUGGGACAAAUGGCUUACGCUGCCACCAGUGACUGGCGCUGCUGCGACUCUGAAGGGGAAGGAGAAGCAGCUCUCCGCCACUUCCACCACCGCACUCAAAUGGGUUCUUCGUUGCUGCCCCCACCUACCCAGAGCCCUUGUCCACAAGCUUUUCCGUCUCAGACAUGUUCGAAUUGUCUCUCCUGCCAUUCAUGAUCAUGCUUUCAAAAGGGUGGCAGCUAAGGACACCUUGAACUUGGGAGACCGGAUCUUACUUCCUCGGUCUGUUAAAGAAACUCCGACACACAAACAUGACUGUCAUCUCACUCCCCGAGAAAUCAACUUUAUCCGUGGUCUUGUUAUCUAUAAGGAUCCUGCUAUUCUCGUUCUCAAUAAACCUCCGGGAAUGCCAGUGCAGGGUGGCAUCAAUAUCAAGCGGAGUUUAGAUGUAGUAGCUGCUGCAUGUUUAAAUUAUGAAUACUCUGAACCCCCUCGUCUGGUGCAUAGACUAGACAGAGACUGUUCUGGCAUUCUGGUGAUGGGGAGGACACAGCCAAGUGCUACGCUUCUGCAUUCCAUCUUCCGGGAGAAAACUUUCAGGGCUUCUGAAGAUAUCGGGAAAGAAAAGAGAAUCCUACAAAGAAGGUACUGGGCGCUUGUCCUUGGAUGUCCUAGACGUCCUAGUGGGGUGGUCACUGCUUCACUGGGUAAGGUGGUGGUUGACAAUGGGGGAUCUGAUCGAAUAACUAUUGUUGACAAUUCUACAUUAAUGUCGUCACAGCAUGCAAUUACAGAGUACCGAGUGAUUGGAUCAUUGUCACGUGGUUACACAUGGUUGGAGUUGUCCCCUUUAACUGGUAGAAAACACCAGCUUCGAGUCCACUGUGCUGAGGUGUUAGGUACACCAAUAGUUGGGGACUACAAGUAUGGAAGGCAAGCACACAAGAAGUGGGGACAUUUUGAUUCGUCCAAGUCUAAUGUGGAGGAGUCACGUGAAGAGCUUCUAAAGGAAGAAACACUCCCCUUUGGCCUUAAUAUGAACAAAGGGAGCAUCUCUGAGGAGCAUCCUCGUUUACAUCUUCAUUGCAAACAAAUAGUGUUGCCCAAUGUAUCUCAAGCACUGCAAAAUGUGCAAUCAGCUUCUGAUUACGAUCUUUCAGUGGUGGAAGGACUUGAAUUGGUGGUGGAUUUUCCUCCAUACAUGCAAAGAAGUUGGGAUGUCACAAAUUAUUAACAUAUAAAUGCCACAGCUUUUCUAAUUCACUUGAUUCCAUCAAAGCAAUUUCUUAGUUUUUGAGGUUGUGCUCUCACUCUGGACAGUACCCUGCGAGAAAUGUGGAUUAAUGGUUGUGAUUCUUUACCGCUAGUGUAUGAAAUUUUGUGAGCAUUGAGCAACCAAUUUAAGUGCUCAGUGUGC